AUGAAAGGAUUAUUCGGCAUGGCACGUCAGAACUUCCCAUUCACAAUAGAAAAUAUUCUCAACAAGUUCCCUGACAAGAGUAGCGAGGAGAAGAAUCUGUUGGACUCUGCUGCCGUUGGACUGAAGGAGAAGGCAGAAGGAAGCGCCACUGGCAGACCGACUGAGACAGUCCAUCACACCUGCUGCCUGAGCUGCUGCUGCUGUUUCCACUGUGGGGAGGUUUUCCACUCGGAUUUCAUUCACGAAGCGUGUCGGUACGGCUGGUCCACAGGGUCGUUGCCAGAGGCAAACAGAGAAGGGCUGGUGCUCACGCACGGUCCAAGACGCACCAGAAGGCACCGCACCAUCUUUACAGAGGACCAGCUGGAGGCUCUGGAGCAGCUGUUCCUGCAGAACCAGUACCCGGACGUCCACACCAGGGAGAGGCUGGCCCAGAGGGCGCUGCUACGAGAGGAGCGGGUUGAGGUAUGGUUUAAAAACCGAAGGGCAAAGUGGCGGCGCCAGAAAAGACUGACAUUUCGUGUGGGAAAAACCGAAAACUGA